AUGGUAAAAGGCGGAAAGCGAUAUUCUUCAAUGAGCAAUGAUGGCAAAUGGUUUGCUCAUCCAGUAUCACCAGAAAAUGAGAUGAGGACUCGGGAACUUUGUACAAGCACUGGGAUCAUGCUGACUCAGGUUCAAUCAUCAUUGCCUCAUGCUUUGAACAUCGAGCGCUAUCCUAAAUGGAAAACUCAGCAGAAAUCCAGAGAAUAUCCAUUCUCCGACCAUGACAACAAGCUUGCUUUAAAAGACAACAUCUCUGUCUUCACUCAUGGUGUAGGGCGCAAGAAGUGUCUUGAUGAUUACAUACAGCAAAACUCCCACUUCUGCUUGUGCCACGAUGGAGCUUACGGCAGCCCUGACGGGAACAUCACGGUCCACCAGACUGACUUUACGAUGAAGCAGGCUGUUAAUGUUCCAACCAACACCAGGCGGUUUCCCCGCAACCACAAGCUGAAGUCUGCAGAGGCAGCUUUGUCGCAAGCAGGGGAGAAAUUCUUGUGGUUUGGACAACUCAACUCCAAGCACUCAGACACCCUGCAGGUGCUAGCAGCUACCAACUGCUCACCAUCCAAGGCAUAA